AUGGCGCAAGAUGAUUUGAUCGCUCAAGGCAAAUCCAACUUUUUCGACUUCAUAUUCAUCGACGCGGACAAGGUGUCGUACGACGAGUACUACGAGAAGAGCCUGCAGCUCGUCAAGCGCCACGGCAUCAUCGCUGUCGACAAUGUCCUGUGGAAAUCUAAAGUGUUCAACCCGGCCAUCGACGACCCAGCCACGGAGUGCGUGCGACGGCUCAACCGCAAGCUGGCGUCCGAUGACCGCGUCGAGAUGUGCAUGCUCACCCUGAGCGACGGCGUCACUUUAGCCUUCAAAAAGUGAACGUGUGACCGCUGCCGAUUCGUACAUUACCUGCUCGGCCUUGGGUAACUGUUAUCCGCCGGUGCUUGUUUAAGCACGGCAGCUUUAAGAAGAUGGAGACUUCUAGGGAAAAACAAAACAUAGAGUGAAAAAUUUGAGAAAUAUGUCCUCGUCACUUGCAACAUUUCAGUAAAGGUCUAGACUUUUGGGCGACUA